AAACAGCUGAUUUAUUUUGGCUUUUGCUUUUGACGUUUCUCCUGGUCCAACGAGACGGGUUGUCAAAUAAAUACGCAUUUUGGACUUUCUGCGUGAGUGAAAUUCGCCGACGGGACGAGAAUUUUGCAACAAACAAUAAAUAUUUCUGGUCAGAUCGUAAAUUGGCACCAGCAGCAGCAAACAGCCGCCGAGGAGAAAGUGAGUCGAAAAAUGUCGGCCGAGUCGGCAGUUUACGAAGCGCUGGUUUACGCCUGCAGCCAGGACGCCCAACUGCUCAAACCGGCCGAGCAGAAGCUGUCCGAGUGGGAAACGCAGCCCGGAUUUCACCUGACGCUGGUCAAGUUCUUCUCGGACCAGUCCAUCGACGCCAACGUCCGGUGGAUGGCUUCACUGUACUUCAAAAACGGAGUACUCAAAUAUUGGCGCAAGAAUGCUCCAAACGCUAUUGCCUUGGAGGAAAAGACCGAGAUAAAGAAGAUUCUGCUGAUGAGAUUCAACGAGCCGAUUCAGCAGAUUGCCGUACAGAUUGCGGUGCUGAUCGGGAACAUUGCCCGGUACGAUUGUCCGCACGAGUGGCUCGAACUGGUGCCCACGCUGGUGGAGGUGGUCCAAAGCAACGAUCUGCUGGUGCAGCACCGUGGCCUGCUGGUGCUGUUGCAUGUGGUGAAGGUGCUCUCGUCAAAGCGACUGCAGCGGGACAGGGUUCACUUUGAGGAAUUGACCACCAAACUGUACGACUUCAUCCUAAACCUGUGGGAUGCGUUCACGCAGCUGUUCUACAAAAACAUCCAGGAGCAAACAUCGCUCGACCUGUGCGCCACAAACCUCGAGAAGGCCAUCAUUUCGCUGCGAAUCCUCAAGAAGCUCACAAUCUACGGCGUCCCGGGGCCACACCUCGCGCCCAAGUGCAUGAUGUUCAUCGGGGUCGUUUUCCAGCGGCUAAAAGAGCUGCUCGACUGUCGGCUGCGGCUGCGACAGCUCGAGAAGCAACAGCAACUGGCCAGCAGCACCCUCUCCGAUCAGGUCGAGCGAUUCAUCAUCAAACACAUGAAGUUCCUCAAUCUCUUCUUCGACACGCACCCGGCGUCCUUCGUCGAGUUCAUUCCAGCGGCCUUCGAUUUCUCCUUCCACUACGUCUUCCACGAGGGCACGAAUCUCAUCUUCGAGGACAAUGUCAUCACAUUCCCGAACUUUGCGAUACAGUGUCUGAACCUCAUCAAAGGGAUCCUCUCGCACAAUCUGAUCCACGUGGACGGCGACAAGGAGCAAAUAAUCAACAAAGCUAAAAACGAAUUCUUCACCCCGGAACGACUGAGCUACAUCUUCGAGAAGAUAAUCAUGCACUACUUUCUGCUAACGUCCGAGGAGUUUGAGCUGUGGGACAGCGAUCCGGAGAGUUACGUGAUGGACGAGGGGGGCGACUCGUGGAAGUACAACCUGAGGUCCUGCACGGAGGCGUUCUACAUGAUACUGUUCCAGAAGUACAGCCCGAUGCUGAUCGUCGAGCUGCAGAAGUUUAUCGCCAAGUCGCAGUCGAUAACGCUGACCGAGACGACCGACGUGAGCGACCUGCUCAUCAAGGAUUCGAUCUACAACGCGACGGGACUGGCGGUGUUUAAUCUGUUUGACGAGAUAAACUUCGACGAAUGGUUCACUCAGCAGCUGCUUGAGGAGCUCAAGUUUAAAACUCACAAUUUCCGCAUAAUCCGGAAGCGUAUCAUCUGGCUGAUUGGGCGAUGGACAGGAGUUAGAUUUUCCAAAUCGUUGCGGCCACAAGUCUACCACGCUUGUCUGGAGCUGUUGCACCCUUCCGAGGACCUGGCGGUACGUCUGACGGCGUCCAAGACUCUCAAAAACAUCAUGGAUGACUUUGAGUUCGAUGCCGAGCAGUUCCUGGAGUUCCUGGAACCGGUCAUCGCGCUGCUUUUUUCCCUGCUGAAAGAAUCGACCGAGUGCGAUACCAAAAUGACGGUACUGUACGUGAUGUCUUUCAUCAUCGAGAAGAUGUCGAUGUCCAUCAAGCUCGAGGUUGAGAGUCUGAUUCAGUAUCUGCCGCUGCUGUGGGACGAAAGUCGCGAGCAUGAGAUGCUACGGUGUGCCAUCAUUUCAACACUGCUUCAAAUCAUAAAGGCCCUGUACGAGAUCCCGUCGCCGGAGCCGAUCGUUGCAUUUAUCUACCAGAUCAUCGAGAUGAGUACAAACGUGAACGAGCCGUCGCACGUGUACCUGCUGGACGAGGGCCUGGAGCUGUGGCUGAUCGUGGUGCAGUACAGCAAAACCAUGAACCACGACUUGCUGAAGCUCUGCGAUAACUUGCUGCCGAUCAUUGAGCAAUCCUCCAACAACCUGCGCACGUGCCUGGCAAUCACGCAGACCUACAUCUUCCUCUGUCCGGACGUGUUUCUGCCCCGGUACGGCAAGGACAUCAUCAAAACGUGCCAUUACCUGCUGUCGGACCUACGCGCCGAGGGCGUCGUCGUCAUCUACCGGCUGUUCCUGACCGUGCUGCGGGUGGCGCCCAAGUAUUCCAUCGAGCUGCUCCGGCCAUACCUGAUCGAGGUGUUCAAAGAGUACUACAACCAUGACAGAUUCCUGCAGAUCAAUCAGGUCUACCUGCAGAUGAUCGCGCGAGUGCUUCUGCUUGAUCAGGUCACCUUCAGCAUGCUCCUCACGGAGUUGGGCAUUCCGGACGCGCUGGAAAAGAUCCUCACGACCUGGCUUACCGAGAUGCCGGUGGUGGCGCGAAGCAACGAGAAAAAGCUGCUCGCGUUGGCGUUGACCAGUCUGAUUACGGUCUCGAACGAUGUGAUCUUCGACAACUUUGCCGGCAUCAUGUCCAACCUGAGCGAAACGCUGAACGACAUCACCAACGACGACGAGCGAACCGGCACCAAAGUGGACUCGCUGAUACUGACUGAUGAGAACGAAGAGGAGAUUGGCAUGAUGAUGUUCGGCUACGGGUUCAUCGACACCGAAAAUAUGCAAAACGAAACGCCUCACUACGAUCGCUGUCGAACGGUUUGCCUGCAGGAUCCCACGCACGUUAUCGUGUUGAAGGAUUAUCUUCAGAGUCAGCUAAUCGCCCUCAAAGCAACCAUCGGCGCGGAACGGUAUCAAAGCUUGGUAUCGCGGAUCGAUCUGCAAAUUUUGAAGGAGUUGAGCGAUUUCGUGUCCCUCGGCAUACCGCUUCCGGUCCAGGAACUGCAGUAGACGUAGACGCAAGCAAGCAAGCAACGGCGCGGCCUUUUAAGAAUCAUCGUUUUUGUUUUAAUUUGAUCCAUUCAAAAUCUUCGUUUCUCCACAUCACACACUAUUCGUCUGUUGAAAAAUUGUUUUAACUUCCUGUCCAUCCCCCUCCUCCAAUUGGCAAUGAUGAUACAAAAGUAAAAAAAAGAAAACACAAAAACACAAUACGCUUCCCCUAUUUGUUAGUCAAUAGUGUUAUUUAAAACAUUAAAAAAGAA